AUGCCUGCGACCAGUUCCGCCAUCAAGACGCUGAAGCCUUCGGCCAUCGCGAGCACGGGACCAUUCUCCCAUGUCGGCCACACCGUCGGCCCAGCGAGAGUCAUCUACACUUCUGGCAUGGUCGGCCAGCACGGUGACGGUAGCAUAUCUGAUUCGUACGUGGAACAGAUCAAACAGAGCCUGGUCAACCUCGGCCAUUGUCUGGAAGCCUCAGGCGCCACGCCCCGGGACGUCUUGAAGUUGACCUACUAUAUUGUCAACUACGACCCAAACAACAGACCACAUGCCGCCCUCAUCUUCGACUGGCUGCAAGGCCACCGGCCGGCCACCGCCUUGGUACCGGUGCCGUAUCUGGCGAACCCCAAGUUCUUGUUCGAGAUCGAGGCGGUCGCCGCCGUGAGAGAUCCCGCAUUGGCGGCGCCGCUGCUUCCGCUGGUUCCUGGCAAGGUGGAGAACGUCGACGUGGUGGUCGUCGGGGCUGGAUUGAGUGGCUUGCAGGCGGCCUAUGAUCUUCAGCGAGCAGGCUUGCGCGCCAUCGUUCUCGAAGCCCGAGAUCGCGUUGGGGGGAAGACGUGGACGGUGCCAACGGCCAACGGCAAGAGCGUCGUCGACCUUGGAGGCGCGUGGAUCAACGACACAAACCAGUCCAAGAUGUGGGCUCUGGGCCAGAGGUUUGGGCUGGAGUAUAUUGUCCAGACAACUGAAGGCGAUUGCGUCCUCCAGGACCACGGACGGUUUCCUUUUGGGCAACUGCCGCCGUUCGACAGUCAAGAAGAACUGGACAAUUUCGCCGCGUUUCGAGAUCUGGUUGAGGCCCGUUGUCAAACCAUUGACAUAGAGAAGCCUUGGAUAGCAGGCAAACAUUACGACUCGAUGACUUUCGAAGAGUUUGCAAAGCAGUCAGGUGCCCUUCCGAAGACGGUGGAAUAUGCCAACCUCUGGGUUCGCGCCAUGGUCGGCAUCGAUGGAUCUGAGAUCAGUGCCCUUUACUUCCUGCACUACUGCAAGAGCGGAGGCGGAUUCGUGCAGAUGAGGUCGGACGGGAAGCAUGGCGGACAGCAUCUUCGAACCAAGACCGGCUGUCAAUCCUAUGCCAACGGCCUUGCUUCUCUCCUGACCCCCGGGUCCGUCAUCCUUUCUAGCCCCGUAUCCUCGAUCCGUCAGAACGCUGCAGGGGCAAUCGUCCAAACCGCCAACAACCUCACGAUCCGGAGCCAAAAGGUCAUUGUCUCGGUGCCGACCCCGUUAUAUAGGGACAUCACUUUCAGCCCAGCCCUCACCGGCGCCAAACUGGCACUCUCCUCGUCCACCAAGCUGGGUUACUUCAGUAAGGUGAUCUUGGUCUAUGCGGCACCCUGGUGGACCGCAGCCGGCCUGGCUGGCCUUGCUCACUCCUUCAACACUGCUGCCGACGGCAAAACAGGCAACGGUGCUGGACCCAUCACCCUGAUCCGCGACACGUCCGACACCGAGAACGGCGUCUUCGCCCUGACCUGCUUCCCCGUGGCGAACGUGGGCCGCGAGUGGUCGAAGCUUCCGGCUGCGCAGCGUCGCAGCGAGAUCCUUGCCCAUGUCGCGCAGAUAUAUGCCGGCGUGGAUAAAGACUUGAUCUAUGCUCCAGUCGAAGUCUUCGAGCAGGAGUGGAGCAAGGAGGAGUGGAGUAAAGGCUGUCCCUGUCCCGUCACUCCCCCGGGUGUCAUGAGCACCGUCGGCCAUGCCAUCCGAGAGCCCUUUGGUCAUGUCCACUUUGUUGGAACAGAGACGAGUGUGGUCUGGAAGGGGUAUAUGGAAGGAGCCGUGAGGAGCGGAGAGCGCGGGGCCACUGAGGUGAUAGAGGCAUUGCAGAGCAAGAACAGGCCCGCAGAGGUCAAGUUAUAG